AGGUGUUUGCAUUUCUCCGCAGGACCAGCUCGCUUUGCAGAGCAUUGUCUGGGUAUGAGAAUCACACACAGGCACAGGGACAGGGGCGAGCGCACCGGAGCAUCUCACUCGGGCAGAGCAUCUCAGCCAGCCUGAGCACCCUUUCAGUCCCUUGCCCCUCCCUGAGCACCAACAGCCUCCCCUAAGAAAAGAGAAAAAAAAAAAAAAGAGAAAAAACCCCAAAGUUUGCAAGUAUCCCGCCUCCCCCUUUGGUUUUCUAUUUCUUUUUAAUUUUUUUUUUUUUGGUUAGGUGGUUGUUUGCUUUUUUUUUUUUUUUUUUUUUUUUUUAAAUAUUUUAGCGAUGGCAAAUUCCUUCACGGCCAGGAGCUGGCCCAUCCCCUGAGCAAAGGCAGCUCGGACAUGACCGGCAGGCGAGGGAGGAGGAGGAAUUUGGAUUCCCUUCGGAGGCGCCGACCCCUCCUCCGGCCGGGGGGGAGCGCGGAGCCGGCGGGGCUGGACCGGCCGCUGUCCCCCCGCGGCCCCCGCCCCGCCCCGCACCACGGGGAUGCGGCAUCUCCAGCGCCGGGACGGAUCCCUGCUGCAAUGAGAUCUGAGCCUUGAGGUGAGGACCUCGACCCAAAUACCUGCAGAGAGCCUGUGCUUCAGCCCUAAUCACAGUGUUAACGAGGAAAAACUUGACUGAAGUUAAUUAAGAGAGAAGAUGGCCCUCACCAGGAAGAUCUGCCUCUUCACUCUCGUGUUGCUUCCCAUGGUUGCAGCAACCCACUCCAACUGCAUCAUUAAAAAGGAGCAAGAGACUUGUCUGGAGAAGAUCCGGAGGGCAGCUGCCCUGAACCCUUUCAAUGACUCUUCUCCGGGUUGCCCAGGAAUGUGGGACAACAUUACAUGCUGGAAACCUGCAAGUGUGGGUGAAAUUGUCUUUGUCAAGUGUCCUGCACUGUUCAGAUUUAUCAUCCCUGAAGAUGGUUGGGAAGUAGAUAAUUUGGGGCAAACCCAUGCAGGUGAUUAUGACCUGCUGGAAAGCACAGCCCAGUCUCCCCUAGGGGACAUCAGCAGGAAUUGCACUGAGGAUGGCUGGUCUGAACCUUUCCCUCAUUAUUACGACGCCUGCGGCUUUGACGAAAAUGAGACAGAGUCCGAUAACCAGGAUUACUACUAUCUGUCUGUGAAGGCUCUGUACACGGUGGGAUACAGCACUUCCCUGGUGUCCCUCACCACUGCCAUGGUCAUCCUGUGUCGUUUCAGGAAACUUCACUGCACCCGGAAUUUCAUCCACAUGAACCUCUUUGUUUCGUUCAUCCUGCGUGCAAUAUCCGUGUUCAUCAAAGAUGGGGUUCUUUAUGCUGAACAGGAUGGCAACCACUGCUUCAUCUCAACAGUGGAAUGCAAAGCAGUGAUGGUGUUUUUUCACUACUGCGUCAUGUCCAACUACUUCUGGCUUUUCAUUGAGGGGUUGUACCUUUUCACUUUGUUGGUAGAAACCUUUUUCCCAGAGAGGAGAUAUUUCUACUGGUACACAAUCAUUGGCUGGGGUACCCCAACAAUCUGUGUCACUGUCUGGGCAGUGCUGAGGCUUCACUUUGAUGACACUGGCUGCUGGGACAUGAAUGACAACACUGCCUUGUGGUGGGUGAUCAAGGGUCCUGUGGUUGGAUCAAUCAUGAUAAACUUUGUGCUUUUUAUUGGCAUAAUUGUGAUACUUGUGCAGAAACUCCAGUCACCUGAUAUCGGGGGCAAUGAAUCCAGCAUUUACUUCAUCUUGCUGGAAAGAAAGGAGAAUCAUGGCAUAUAUCAUAGCACCCUCCCUCUUCCUCCCAGAUGCAGCUGCAGUCCAUGCCCAGGACACGUGCGCAGCUGCGUUCAGAAAUGCUACUGUAAGCCUAAGAGGGCUAACCAGCACUCUUGCAAGAUGUCAGAACUAUCAACCAUUACCCUGAGGCUGGCUCGCUCCACGCUGCUGCUCAUCCCCCUGUUUGGAAUUCACUACACAGUGUUUGCUUUUUCGCCUGAAAAUGUCAGUAAGAGGGAGAGACUGGUGUUUGAAUUGGGACUGGGAUCCUUCCAGGGUUUUGUUGUUGCUGUUCUCUACUGUUUCUUGAAUGGGGAGUUUCUCCCUAAAGGUGCAAUCAGAAAUAAAGAGAAAAUGGAGGAGCUGGAAAGUCAACCGGUAUUUUGCUGUGGAUUUCAAACACCGCCAUCCUUCUCUAGCGAGCAGCGGAGUGAACGGGGGGACACAACUGUCCAUUCUGAGCAAGAGCAGCUCUCAGAUUCGGAUGUCCAGCAUAAAUGCGGAGAACCUGGCCACAUGAGCAGCUGAGGGAGCAAAUCCAUCGGGAGCAAACCAAAAACUGCCCCUCGAAACAGAAAAAAAAAAUGAAACAAUAGUUUUGGUUGUGGUGGUGUAGGUCUCCUUCUCCUUCUCCUUCUCCUUCUCCUUCUCCUUCUCCUUCUCCUUCUCCUUCUCCUUCUCCUUCUCCUUCUCCUUCUCCUUCUCCUUCUCCUUCUCCUUCUCCUUCUCCUUCUCCUUCUCCUUCUCCUUCUCCUUCUCCUUCUCCUUCUCCUUCUCCUUCUCCUUCUCCUUCUCCUUCUCCUUCUCCUUCUCCUUCUCCUUCUCCUUCUCCUUCUCCUUCUCCUUUCCUUUCCUUUCCUUUCCUUUCCUUUCCUUUCCUUUCCUUUCCUUUCCUUUCCUUUCCUUUCCUUUCCUUUCCUUUCCUUUCCUUUCCUUUCCUUUCCUUUCCUUUCCUUUCCUUUCCUUUCCUUUCCUUUCCUUUCUUUUCUUUUUAUCAUUCUCCUCUCCUCUCCUCUCCUCUGGAGGUGACAAAGCAAAGGAAAUGUGUGUAUAUAUCUCUUUUUAACAGUCACUGUAAAUACCCAACUGUACUCGAGGCCAUUAAUGGGGAAUGUUUAACAAACAAGAGGCCAAACCCACCCACUCAACUGUUCCCAUUUCAGAGCAUCUGCAAGUGAUCCGUGUCCGUCCAAAGUAACAAGUGGUUGCUGUGCAGUUGUGAUCCUUGGUUGCCAAACUGAUCCCAGUCCGUGAAUGGACAUGACUGUUGUCAUUUUGCCACUUGGUUUCCUUUUUGGGUUGGAUUUGCCUAUUUUUUUCCCCCCAGUCCAACAUGCCCGAGCCUGUCCCUGUCUUUUGGCACGUGAAUUUCUGCAGUGUUUCUCUUUUGAGUCUUAGGAUGGAGCUGUUGUGCUUGGGUUAAUCGAACCAUUCAGGAGGAUCUCCAGGAAAUUAAGCUGGAUUUAGUCAGACAUUCCCAGUGGACUUAAAGGAGCAGCUGUGCCAAUGUGAAACUGCCUCUCACUGCAGGAACUUGAGGCAAGAGCAAUGGGAUCCUCUGUGUUUUUCUGUACCCAGGGACACUUCUGAGAUUGUUUGUGUUCUAGCUAAGCUGUGAAUUUUCUAAAAGGGCCCUGCAGUCGAGAUAUACCUAUAUUUUUUUGGCAUUGAGUGACAGAUUGAUCAUUUGGAUUCUUUGAAUUACAAAAAUAACUGUCCCUUCCCUCCCACCUUAAGAGCAAAAGUUGGUUCCAGGGUGGUCUUUCCCUGCAGAUGACCUUGGACCCUCUGCAUCUGUGGCCAAACGUGACGUUGGUGUUUUGGGGUCAUGCUGUCACACAGCCCGUGGUGCCUCUGCAACCUCUUGGACUUCUGUGUGUCGACUCUCCCCUGCCAGAGGCACAAGAAGGAUCUGGCACAACAUCCUGGAAGGUAAAAAUCAUCUGCAUUUGGUGAUAUCAAUGAGCAACUAAACUGAACAAUGGGAUGGCGUGGAAGGAAAGUGUAAGGACUUUGGAGGACUUCCCACACCUGGCAGUUUUGUCUCUUUUUUGGACAUUCUGUUUGUUUAAGCACCAAUGGUCUUACUGCUUUUUUGGGGGAGGAACUAGAAUGUUCUUUCAACCUUUGCCUUGUAGUUGAAGCCACGACUGGUACUUACCUACUUCAAUCCAGUGUCAAUGAUGUCAAUUCUUAAGAGUCUUUAUACAGAGCAAAAAGGCUUUGAGGACCAUCCUAAUGCUCACUUCACUUUGGAUUUAUGAACUGAUAAAUAUAUAUAUAUAAUAUAUAUAUUUGUGUGUGUAUGUGCAUAUAUUAAAGACAAAAAUGGAAAUGACACUUUAAAUGUGAAGUUUUGAACUGAAACUAAUAGUAACCAGGAAAUUCAAAAUUCAGGCUGGUUCUUUGGUGUUAGUUGACAUGAUCAUAAACUAAAAAAAAAAAAAAGGGAAAGACUUGGAAUUUUAGUGUCAGCUGAGUGUGAGCUUUUAAUUUCACUGGUUUUGUUAGUUAAGUUAAAAAAAAAAGUUUUAAUGUCAUUUUAAGCAAAGGUUUUUAAAAAUAAUCCUAGUUUACUUAUUUUUAAAAGGAGAAAAAAAAAAGGCCUCAGAAAGUUGUGGAAAGGAAUAUUAGUUGUAAUAAUCCUCAACACAUGUAGUGCUUUAUGGGGCAUGAUCUGCUCUCAACUGUAGCAGUUUAAAUGAAUGUAAAAAAUAAUUUGAAAUAGAAAUAAUGACUGAGGUUAUACUGGUACAGGAUCAUGCUCUUAAGAGAUGGUUACACCCCUGUCAUGUGAAAUCUGCCCUUGCACAGAGGACCAGUAAAGUGUUUAAACCACUUCCAUUAUACCCCAAGUUCUCAAGUGGAAUUUAUAUGAUCCAGACACCUUUUUUUUGCACAUCUGCAGCACUGAUUUGCUGCUCUGAGAGCAGAAUUGGUCCCCUGCUUCCCAGCUCUCUGCAGAAGUCACUCGAGUGUUUUUAACUGAUGGAUUGGGCCUUCCUCUCUCAUUAGAUGCUUCCAAAAAGCUAUUUGAGAAAGUUUCCCCUGCACUUGGCAGCCUGGACAUUUUUGAAAUCUAAUGUUAAAUGAACAGAUACCACCAGGUUUUGUUUUCUGCAGUUUGGGCUUUCACAAGUAUUAUAUUGACAAUAUUGUAAGUGUAUUAUUAAAAAAAAAAAAUCAAAAGUUAUAUUUUGCAUGAAAGACUAGUAACCAGUUUUCAAACAUUAAUAAAUUAGAACUUCUGAGAUAAAAGCUGGAGACUUUUUGCCAUGUUUCAGUUCAGAGCAAGAAGGUGUUUGGAUCUUUAUUUUUUCAUGUAUUUUUGGUGUUGUUGUUGAAGAUUUUCCUGAGUUUAUUUCUGGAUUUUGUUGUUUCCCUGGCUGUCCUACAGUGCUCUGAAAUUUGAGCUGGUGGAUCUCAGUCCAGUGCCUCGUGGGCAAAUGUCCACAUCGCCAAAACCACCCUUGUAUCCUGCAUGCUGGAGACCAGGCCCUCAGCUAAAUUCAAAUCAGUACAGAAAACUGGUAUUGUUGUUGUUGUUGUUGUUAGAACAAACCCACUUCACUUAGGAUUGGGAUUUGGCCUCAGCACAUUGUUAUUACUAUUUAUUUUUGGUGGUCUCAGCAAGAGAAUCCAAGGGUGGAAUAGUCAUGAAAACUUGGCCCUUAAUUCCUGGAACCAAUGCUCAGGAGCAAGACAAGUUGGAGAGCAGUGGAGGGGAAAUUUCUGCUGUUGCAGACCCUGUGUUUCUUGCUCAAAUUGAAGUCUUUGGUACCAUUCACCAGCACUGAAUUUCCUAGAGGAGAAGGUGCCUCUCGACCUAUUAAAUGUACAAUAUCUCAUACAAACCACCCCCUUCUCUCGUGAUUUGACUCAUCUGAAGUGUUGCUGCACUUUGCAGAUGUGGCUUUCCCUGGUCACCUGAACUUUCUCAGCGUUGCUGGAAAGAUCAUGCUUGAGGUGUAAAUAGUUAUUGCAACCAGGCUCUGGUGCCCUGGCACAAAUUAGCCCUCAAGAAACCCUCUCUGUUGAAUGUAAAGCUGCAGAUGCUGCCCAGGCAUGGCCACCACUCCCGGUGGCUGUUUGUUCCCAUUUGUUCCAGGAGGGAAGAAGCCCACAGGUGGUUUGCUUCCAGGUGUGUGUAAAUAUCAGCUGAGUGUAACAGUGCUUUGUUUGAUUUUUUCACUGUGAAAUAUAUUUUGGAGUAAGAAAGGCUGUGCUCUGAAAAACAAAACAAUUAAAAUUGAAACAAAUGUGCAGUGCUCCUUGAGCCAUUUUUUUUCUACCGUGUCCAUAAUGUUUUUCCUGCCUUAUUUUCUUAUUUUGCUUUUAUAAGUGUACAAAAACUUUCUGUGCUGCAGCUUUUGUGACUAUUUACUCUAUCUAACCACUGUUUGAUUAUUGACUUGUCAGUGUGAAGUGCUGGUACUACAGGACAAUUAACAUCCCCAAAUGAACACUACAAACUGUAAUUGUAAAGGACAAGGCUUGUUUCUUUGCUGCAUGGUGACCUCACCUCCUUUACCUUCACCUCCAUUUAGCAUAUCUGGAACUCAGAGCCCAGGUAAAGAAACUUAAAUGCUUAGCUAUGGGAAUUUUUGUUUCAUAGAGGAGAACUACCCAAGUUCCUCUGCAUCAGUUAAGCAUUUGCAUUUGACAGCCAGGUGUUAAAAUUGGGUGGUGGGAGAAGGGACAGAGAUGAAGGCAGGGGAGUCCAGAGUAAAAUGCAAUAGAGGGGCAGUUUGGAAGUUAAAAUCAGACACUAUAUUUGAUGUCUGGCUCCUCCUUUUCAGCAUCUGUCUCUCAUUGCAACUAAAAGACUGUGCCUUGCAACUGCAAGGCCAAACAGCCACCAGAACUGGGCAUGACCUGCCUGUGCUGGUGGUUUGACAUCACAUUUGCAAAGGUGACUCUCCACAGACUCUCUCCAUCAUCAAUGGCAAGUGGGAGAUACCUUCCAGAAGGGAAAGCAGAGCAGUUCAUGGAACCAACAACCAAGGCUGGAAGUUGAAUGACCAUCUGGUCCAACCUUUGUGAGAAGGGGAGCUUAGUGAGGUUAUUUAGCACCCUGUCCAGUCACCUCUUGGAAACCACCUAUGCCACAUCCCUGAGAGGUUGUUCCCAUGAAUGGCUGCUCCUAUUCUAAAAAAUUCUUUUCUUAUAUCAAAAUGAAACCUCUCCUGGUGCAGCUUGUACUUGUUCCUCUUGUAUUUUCCAUGUGGAUCCUUGUGAAGAAAGAACUUUACCCUCUUUGUAGCCACCCUUUUGGGACUGGAACAGUGUGAUGAGGUUCCUGCUGAGCCUUCUCUUCUCCUUCAGUCUUUCUUCACUGACCAUCUCUUUGUCCAUCCCUUUGACCACCUUCAUGGUCCUCCUUUGGACCUUCUCCAGUCUGGCCACCUCUUUCUUGAACUGUGAGGACCAGAGUGGGACACAAUAUAGAAUUUCUUAGAGUCCUUCUGGAAACCUGACCUGGGAGAAUCUGCUCCUUUUCCAGCAGGGACAGAAGGAUUAGUUGCCAUAGUUUGCCUUGACAGUGUCAUUUUUGCAAAAUUGUGGCUUUUCAUAGUAUUUUCAUGUCCAUGGUGGACGAAGUUCUGCUUCUGAAUAGCGUGAAAGCUUCUGGUUAUAUCAAAGAUUCAGGGGGUGUUUUCCUAAUCUCAUGGACAAAAGAAAUCAGUAACUGAAAAUAAGCAAAACCAAAAUGAGCAAGAACAAAACACAUUUACUCAAUGUGAAGGAAGCUCUGUAAUUGCCAUUAUUUCAUAUUAUAACAUUCCCACUCCUAAACUGAUCACCUCUCCUUUUCAAAUUCAGUGGGAUUUUCUUUUUGUCACAUUCUCUUCCCACUGGAAAGUUAUUGCAAAACUUUUCUCCUUUGGCAGUUAGAAACCUUUUUUUUCUCAAUUCCAAGUUGAAAUAAUUCCUGGUUCUCUUAAGUUCCUUUUCAUACCAGUCUUGCCUCCAGUUUCUCCCUCUCUUCCUGAGGUAUAAACAGCUUCAUUUCAGAUAAAGUCUGCAGUUUGUCUUUGAUCAUACAGCUGAAAGAUAAGACUAAAAAAAAAAAUCAUGCUAUUAAGCUGCAUUUGUUUCAGCUCUAAUCCAAGUUUGGGCAGCAAAAACAAUGUAAGGAAUCAAAUACAGAUGUGAAUUCAUGCAGAAUAGCAGGAAAAUUACCUGGAAGCAGCAUGCCAAGCACCCUGGGGGAAAAAAAAAAGAAAGAAAGGGAAAAAUAAAAACUAAGAGAUAGAUUUCCAGUUCUUGAAAGCCUAUAAAUGGUAUUUGGUUUUUGAGUAAUUUUCUUUCAGACAGGUCUAAAGGGAAAGUAAUUCCAAUAUUUUCCCUUUCUGUUUUCAGUUUUGAUCUUGCAAGAGGAGUUGUAUCACUGCUGUUUCCAAUCAGAGGCAUAGGACACAUACUCAGAAAAAAUACUGCAAGAAAUCAUCGUUCAAAUGGCCUAAAAGACACUGAUUGUGUCAGUUUGUGAGGUUUCAGUGCUCAUGUGUCUGACAUUGCUACUAAAUCCCUGCCAAAUCUGGUCUGCAAGCCAUAAAAAUAUCCAACUUUAUUUUUCCAGCCCAGCCCUGACAGAAAUUAGAUAUAAAAAUUUUAGUGUCACAGAAAAAAAAAAAUGUCCAGAGUGACAUCAGCAAACAGUGGCAAUAAAAGAAGCAGAAGCCUCAUUAAUUUAAUUGGCUUUAUCUGCCUUGUUAUUUGAAAUUGUUUUUCAAUACUUUUUCAGAAACAAUUGCUGAUGUCAGAGGAUUUUUAACCUGUGGUCUGUGAAGACUUCAGAGCCCAGAGACUAUUUCUGAAGUGUUCAUGGGAGAGGAUUAAAAAAAAAUAAGUUCAUUUUUGUGUGUAGCAAUAGAUGUCUGGGAGGCUUCUGAAGAGCUUCAAUCUUACAUGUCUUUAUGCAAGGGCUCCCACAGAUAAAAACCUAGAAAGUUCAAUAAAUUCGGAUUUUCCUCCUUGCUUUGAUUAUGUCCUUUCUUGAUAUUAAGACUUUCACUUUUGUUCUGAGGUUUUUCUCAUGUGGGCAGGGCUUCCAGAGAAAUGUGUGCUUAUAUUAUCAAUAUUAUACUUAUAAUCACUGCAGAGCAGUGAAUGUGCCCUCAACAGAACUGUUAUACGUGGAAGGGAAGCAAAACAAGUGGGAAGAGCAGAUAGAGCAGGAUUUAUGGACACCACAUGGGAUCCUGCUUGGCCUCCAGCUGCCAGACAAGAUUGGAGUCUCUUAUAGUUCCUGGGUCAUAUCUGUGAGCUCUGUGUGGAUAUCCAGGAAACAGAUGAACUCCCUGAGUGAGAUUACUUCCAGACCCAGAUACUGAACUUUAUUAUCUCUGUGAGGGCAGUGUCUCCUGGAGUCUUGUUUCUAUGACUGUAAAACGUGCAUAAUGCAACAAAUACAACCAAAUACCUGUUUUUAAGUAGUUUUCUUCCUUAGGAGUUAAAUAUCAAGGGCUAUAUUUCAACACCUGGCACCUUCAGCAUUAGAUGGUCUGGCCCACAGUUAAAGUCCUGCAAAAGGUCUUGUGUCCUCAAGCAGUCAGCUAAGGAGAUACCCACACCACUCCACUUUAGACAUCAACAGCGGAGGUGUCCCCCUUUGAUCUGCUUUCUCCACUUUGCCUUUGAGGCCACAAGAGACAAAAGAGCAAUUUCAGAGCACAAAAAUCAAACCCCGUGUUUUUGAUGUCCACUCAGAGGGGAGAUGAUUCACGCUUUGCAGGUGUUUCUUUCCACCAGGAGGUCGAGAUGGCCAGACUGGAGACAGAUGUUGACACUGUGGCAGCCUGGAUGUGGAGAUGGAUUUUCCCCAGCAACUUUACCUGGUCACUGCUCUUCUGUUUCACACAUGAUGAAAAAUAAUGGCUUUGAAAAGCUUGGGGGUGGCUUCUGUUGGGUGUUAUCAGCCAGAUCUGAGGGAGGUGUUCUACCUGAUAAAGGCUUAGUAGAGUUUUCAGGAGAUCUCCUUCCCUCUGUCAGGCUGUGUCCAUAUGACCAGCACUUCUGUGUCCAGAAACAAACCAUAUUAUACAGCGCACAUGCAGUGAAAAAUAAAAAAAAUUUGCAUUUUACCCUCUGCUUUCAGCAGUCAGGAACAUGCAACCAGUUCAGAAUUGCGUUUAAAGGACAAACUAGGAAGAUCUGGAGUGUGCAGUUGCAGUUAGUGAUGCUCUGAUGUUAAGCUCCGUGUGUAUCUGUACUAAAGAGCUAAAUUCUGCUAAAUACACAUUGUACUUUGUGUAUGAAAACACACCAGCAGAGCUUGAACAAUGUUUUGAACCUCGUGGUCUUUCACCUUCUUAUGAUUCGAAUUGCAAUUUCCCAUUGGCUUUCUUUUGGGGAAUUCAUCCAUGUAAAGAAUUACUGUGUGAUAUGACACUGUGUGAUCUGACACUCUUCAGUGUCUGAAAUUCCUUAGGCUUCUGCAUAUGCCUUUCCCAAUGGACUUUGUGCUUGCAGAGAAGUCUCAAGAGGCCUUUGUGUAUCAGUAUAAUCUGUAAAAACAAAUAUUUGGUGUGUUCAUUCUCUUUCCCUUCUACUUGUCAAUUUAGUGGCAAUGCAAACCUGCUAUAGCUCUGAGAAGUACCAAGUUAUCGGAUGGAAAGCUGUAUUUUGGCUUUUGACUGUGUCAAGGUACAAAGUUAUGGCCUGUUGGGUCUAAUACUGACCUUUUUUGGUCAAAACUGGUUUAACUGGUAAUGGGAUUUGGGGUUAUUCAGCUUCGUUAUGAGGUGGAAACACAGAUAUCAAUUGCUGCUUUCUAACCUUUUUUGUGUUUUGAGAAAUUGUUUUUAACAUGUAUACUGCUGUAGAUGACACAAUAAAUGUAUUAUCAUUUUGUAUAA